UCAGGCAGUUUACUGAAUUUGACGCCAUUAAACUCGAACAACAAUUAGCUACUCUUAUUUUACUUAAAGUCGCUAGGUUUGUAGCUUUGCUUUGGUUUUAUAUCUACUAAUUGUGUAAAAGCAGGUGGUAUUAGGCAGCCUGACAUACAUUGUUACCUGAGAGACAUAGAUGAGGGCUAUAACUUUUUUUAAAUCAGUAACAAAUGUUAAAAAUUUCCAUAUUGAGCGCCGGGCUAGCAGCAGCUACAGGGGGUUGGCAGAGGUCGCUUUGGAGCAGCAGCAGCAGCAGCAGCAGCAGCAGCAGCAGCAGGAUGACACUAUCACUCCGGUAUCCCCUCUAAAUGACUGAGAUCGGCAACCUCAAUGCUUGUUGUUGCUCUUGAACUGUUAGCUGUCAUCCAUCCAUCCAUUGAUCCAGCCACCGCUGCUGACAACGCAGCCACGUCCGGACUCAGCGCAAAGGGGGUGCUAGUCUGCUAGCUCUAAAAAAACAGGAAUCGAGAGGGGGAUCGUGAACCACACUGCUGCAAACAGUCCCAAAGGAUAUGAACUUCCUGAGAUGUAACUUAGAGGCUAACUGCUCUUGUGGACAGUAAAAACCUUAUAAUGGUAGAAGCACCUCCUACCUGAAGGAACAAUUGUUUACCCCUCAGUUCCUGUCCUACAGGAAUUCAGAGCUAGCCAGUUGAGAACCGGUUUACCCCACAUGAAUGACUACUUAAUACUGACUUUGCGUUACUUAUCCACUCUGUAGCUGCCUCCUCUGUGGUUUUUGCCCCCACAAAGAACUACCUUUGUUGACAAAAGGUGGUGACAACUCCCUAUUUGUAAUCAGUUUCCUGCUCACACUCACUGUCAUCUCCCUAUUGCUGGACAUCCUGCUAAAAUGACUGCAGAGUGGGGUGAGAAAUCCUCAGCGGACCUCAUGAGUAGGUAUGUCUCCAAGGACAUGGGAUACAGAGUGCCCAAGGAGGGUUGGCGCAUCUGUCUGGCACAUGAGUUCAAAGAGAAGAGAAAGCCCUUCCAAGCAAAAGAUGUCUCGCUGUCCAACGUCUUGGAGCACGUUGGCCUUGGAAUCAGGUAUCUAAAAUGGUGGUACAAGAAGACCCAGGUAGAAAAGAAAGCUCCAUUCAUUGACAUGUUUCGUGCCCAACCCCUGCGUCAAAUAUAUGGGGCUCCACUUGGCGGUAUAGGAGGAGGAACCAUCACGAGAGGUUGGCGGGGGGAAUUCUGCAGAUGGCAACUUAACCCUGGGAUGUACCACUACAAAACUAUGACAGCAAACCAGUUCACAGUGUGCUUGCGUCGCGGGGGGCAAACUGUUUACCAGCAGGUGCUAUCUGUAGAGCGUCCUCCCACAUUACAAGGCUGGAACUGGGGCUACUGCGGAGAGUAUGCCUUCUAUCAUGCCUUGUACCCCCGCGCCUGGACAGUCUACCACCUGCCGGGACAGAAUGUCACCUUAACCUGCAGACAGAUUUCCCCAGUCAUCCCCCACGACUACCAGGACUCUAGUCUCCCAGUGGCAGUAUUUGUGUGGGACAUAGAGAACAAGAAUGACUACGCUCUGGACGUCUCCAUCAUGUUCACCAUGGUCAACGGGUCGGGACACAAGGACGACAAGAGCGGGGGACACUGGAAUGAACCAUUCCACCUGGAGAAGGAGGGGGAGGCGGUGUCUGGGGUCUUGCUACAUCACUGUGCUACAGUGAACCCUUACACUCUGUGCAUCGCAGCCCGAGAAAAGCCUGACAGGGAGGUGAGCCACCAGACAGCAUUCAGCCCAAAGGGAACCUGCAGCGGACUGUGGAGUGACCUCCUCAAUGACGGACGACUGGAUUCUCCUACAGGAUCCAGCCCACUGACGGCUAAGGGAGAGAAGGUGGCGGCAGCGUUGGCUGUGGGCUGCUCAGUGCUGGCUCAAAGUCAUAACAGCCUGGAGUUCUGCCUAGCCUGGGACAUGCCAAAAAUCACCUUCGGCUCUAGGGAGAGGGAACACAUCAGGAGAUAUACCCGUUACUUUGGGACCAAAGGGGAUGCGUCCCCCUCGCUAAGUCACUACGCACUAACAAACUACAGACAGUGGGAGAAGAGCAUUGAGGAGUGGCAAAGACCCAUUCUACAGGACAGUUCUCUGCCAUCCUGGUACAAGUCAGCCCUGUUCAACGAGUUGUACUUUGUUGCGGAUGGAGGGACGGUGUGGACGGAGCUACCAGAGGACGCUGAUAUCAGUGGUGGUGUGCGCAGCGAGGACGGGGGGCUGCCAGCUCAGCCUGCGGUCAUCAAGGAGUAUGGCCGUUUUGCAUACUUAGAAGGUCAGGAGUACAGAAUGUACAACACCUAUGAUGUCCACUUCUACGCUUCCUUCGCCCUUAUCAUGCUGUGGCCCAAACUCGCCUUGAGUGUGCAAUAUGAUAUUGCUGGCAGUGUAGUUCAGCAGGACCCAACAGAGAGGCUACAUCUGAUGAGUGGGCGGUAUUCUCCUGUCAAGGCCAAAAAUGUGGUGCCUCACGAUAUAGGAGACCCAGAUGACGAGCCAUGGCAGAGGGUGAAUGCUUACCUCAUCCAUGACACUGCAGACUGGAAGGACCUGAACCUGAAGUUUGUCCUGCAGGUCUACAGAGACUUUCAUCUCACCCAGGACAAUCAGUACCUGCGGGACAUGUGGCCCAUCUGCCAGGCGGUGGUGGAGUCAGAGAUGAAGUUCGACCUGGAUGGAGAUGGACUGAUAGAGAACUCUGGAUAUGCUGACCAGACCUAUGACGGUUGGACGGUGACUGGACCAAGUGCGUACUGUGGUGGGCUGUGGUUGGCGUCCCUAUGUGUGAUGUGUAAGAUGGCCAGGCUGGUGGACAACGAGGACACAUACAAACGUUACAGAGACAUCCUGGACAGGGGCUGUGCUGCUUUUGACAAACUGCUGUGGAACGGCAAGUACUACAACUAUGACAGCAGCGGGAGAGACCUUUCUAAUAGUGUAAUGUCUGACCAGUGUGCUGGCCACUGGUUCCUGAAAGCGUCCGGGCUGGGAGAGGGAGACUACCAGGCUUUUCCAAAAGAUAAAAUCCAGAGCGCACUAAAAUCUGUCUUUGACUUGAAUGUAAUGAGCUUCGCUGGGGGCCAGAUGGGGGCAGUUAAUGGCAUGCGCCCUGAAGGAGUGCCUGACCGGUCCAGUGUCCAGUCAGAUGAGGUCUGGAUUGGAGUAGUGUAUGGACUGGCAGCCACUAUGAUUCAUGAGGGUAUGCAGGAGGAGGGUAUGCGCACGGCAGAGGGUUGCUACCGGACUGUGUGGGAGAGGCUGGGCAUGGCCUUCCAGACUCCUGAAGCCUACUGUGAGAAGGGAAUCUACCGCUCUCUGGCGUACAUGAGGCCGCUGAGCGUCUGGGCCAUGCAGCUAGCCCUGAACACUUCACAGAAGGAUCAGAUCACAUCGGCACAAACUGGAACCACAGAUGGAGAACAAGGACAUGAUCUGAGAGAAAAUCAGAGCUAGGACUUGAGCCAUCAGACGGGUGUGAUUUAGGUACAGUGGGUUCCUCCAAAGAUGACCUUCAAACUCUCCUGCAGCCACCACCCUCAUAUGUAGGGCUCCAUUUGAUCGGUCACAGUCCUUGAAUUUGAUUACCUACCGUUUGUUCUGCCGUUAAUUAUUUAUGGUUGACAAAGUCAGUAGCCACUGUAGAUCAUGGUAUUGUUGGGCAAGAGGUUCUUCAAGAGACUGGAAAUGGUUCCUGAUUCUUAGAAGUUGUGCAGUGUUGGGUUGGUAGCCAGGCAAUGUCAAGAUCAUAUCAAAAACUGACCUUUUGUUUCAGCAACAUAUUGUCUAUUUGCACACACAUACAGACACAUGCGAGCACUACAUUUUACAGUCGUCAAAAAUAAUGUUUGCAUAUUUGGAAAAAGUUUAUAUGCUAUUUGAGGACUGUGUGAUGUAUGUAUUGUCUGCAACAGUUGAGAUUUGAACAAUUUCUUUAUCAGAAAUAUAAAAAAAACAUUAAAGAUUUUCUUUUUCCGCUUAAUAAAUUUGAAUUCUGUAUUAACUAUGUAAUAUGCGAUCAGUAGUGUCGGAAAUUAAGUCUUAAAAAAUUACAUACAGUAUAUAUAGGUUUUCUUUUUUUAAAAUAGCAUUUGGUGCCUUGUUGCAUGUUGGCCAGAUCUACAGUACAUUAAUGUAGUGGCAACCGUGUUUUAAAAUCCAAUACACAUGACAAUCUUGCUGAAUAAAUGAUUAAGAUAAAAAA